AUGAACGAGCUCCUCCACGUCAACGUGCCAAAGGUGCGCUUUCGCCUGCCGCGAUUGGAGCCUGGACGAUUUCAGGAAGUCCUGAACGAGGUGCGCAACCUCCGGGGCGAAGAUCUAUACCUGCAGAUGCGGCAAGCACGGACGAGCAGCCUUCUUUCCAUCAAUGAGAGGCAAACAACAGACGAGAGAAGUGGGAGCAUGGUCGACCUUGAGGAUGGAAUGGCCGCCGGAGACGCCACGCAGUCUCUCGAGGCCGCAAGCUGUGGAACACAGGGCCUGGAGAUGGAGGCCGAUCCCUCCCGGAAUGCCAUGAUCCGGCAUACAGCAGCCGCGGCGGUGAUGGCCUUCGUCAUUACCGGCCUGUUAUCAAUCAGCCCCAUCGACACAAAUGUCGCCAGCCUGAUGGCCGCGAUCUUCAGCUUGCUUCUCAACUUCGUUGCUCUAGCCUAUGCAUGGACGCACCAAUUAUCUUGGAUCUUCCUUGCGCUGAACGGUGCUGUCGGCAGGCUCCUGUCAUCACUGGAUGAACCAGUGGACUGCUACGGCAGCAAGUUGGUCGAGCCGAUCGAAAAGCUAGAGUCAGCAGUGGACAUGGUGGAGAUGGAGCAAGCCAUGAUGGUCAAGCGCAUGCAGGAUGAAUACGAGAAAGACGUGAAGGAAAGAGUGCCGGACUUCGAUGUGCCAUCUACCCGUGGCAUGCGCGAGCCCAUCGUCGAGUGCAGCGUGCUCGGAGAAGGGGAUGAGAGGGCGUUGGUCUGCAACAGCGCAUUAGCCCAUGACAAGGCAGCUUUGCCCGACCAGGUGGAAGAGCAAAUUCAGAAGCACCGUCUUGGCAGCCUCGUAACGCGAAGAUCUGCCUUCGACUGCUGGUUGGUGCAGGUGCCGCUGAUCCUCUUUUUGCUGGUGAACCUUUCGGGCCUCAUCUGCUCCCAGAUCCUUGCCACGGACUUGGCCUCUGCCUUGGCAUCAGCGGCGCCGGCACCUCCCUCACCUGACAAAUCGCUGGAUUGGGACCUGGGCCCCAUUGGGCGUCGUCUCCAAGGCGACCCGAUGCUCAAGAAUUUGGAGGAGCGGUUCCCGGACGUGAGCUUUUCCAUGCAGGAUGAUCAAGCACAGACGCCAGAAGUCGCAGUGCUCUCCGUGGCAGGCAAAGCUUUGGUGGUCUUCUUGCCAUGGCUGGUCCAGCUGAUUUUGGCUUGGGUGGAGCUCUUGGCAGGCCUCUACUUCACGCGAGCCCCGCGGCUGAUGGCCUUGGUCGGCAGCGUCACGGCAGAUGUCGAGAGAAGUUGCAACACAUGGCUCGACAAGCAGGGCAAAGGGAUUCCGGCCGAGGUCUUCGCGACCUUUGGCAAGGUCCAGAAGCAAGCCGAUAGCUUCCCGGUGGGUCACAGUAGGCAAGUGGUCUCUUCCCAGCUGCUGGCGCCUAGUUUGAGUUUCGAGGAUCUCCCCGAAACUUGGGCACGAGAAGCGGUGAAGCGGAGCAAUUUAAUCAUUCUCGAGACAGCAGGGCAUUGGGCCACAGAAGCUGGCCUUCUCCUCGCCUUGGGAGCUCGAAGCCAGCCUCCAAGGCUUUGUUCUAGUGCAGUGAAUUCGUGA